UAACCGGAUCUAGCGUUCUGCGUGCUCUUGCAGUCUCUCUACGAAAUGGCUAGCGCAAGUGGUUUACGAGCUGUUGUUGUGGGAGGAACUGGAGGGAUUGGAAGGUUUAUUCUUGGUGAACUCGUUUGCUCUCCUGCUUACACCGAAGUGUUAUCGUUGUGCAGAAAAGAAACUACUCUUCCUGAAAGCUUCAAUGCUACAGAGUCUGACUUGAAAAAACUGAAACAAGAGAUUAUUGAUUUUGAUUUGGAGAAACUUACAGUCGAGAACUGCAAAUCGUAUUUCGAGGGCAAAGAUGUUCUUUUUGUGGCACUUUCACGCACAUGGAACGACUCUAAACGACUGCCUGGCAGGGCAAUAGAUAACUUCAAACACGUUCACGUGCAUUUGGUUGUCCGUUGUGCUGAGAUUGCUAAAGCUGCAGGAGUUCGCCACGUGAGCAUGUUGUCCUUUUCGGGAGCAAACUCAACCAGUAUGUUUGACAUGAUGAAGGUCAAGGGCGAGGCUGACGAUGCUGUGGAGGCGCUAGGCUUUGAAAGAACAUCCAUAUGGAAACCAUCGCUUGUGAACAAAGGCCCGAAUGCAACAUUCGUUGAAAAACUUUUGAAAAUCUUCAUGAAGACAAUUUUUGUUGGAGACCUAGGACUGACUAUAAGAUUUGAAUCAGAGCAGUGGGCAUUAGGGAAAACCGAAUUUCCGCCAGUUUCUCGACACGAAGUCCGCGAUAUUUUGGAGAUUAUGAGACAGGCCAAAGAAGCUGAAGCCAAGAGCAAAGACAAUUCAGAUGUUCCAGUGGCCGCAGCAGGAGGUAAUGAAACGGGAGAGAAACAAGCUGCAGAUGAGCAAAUGGGAAAGCAGCCAACCGGUCAGCAACCAGAUUGUGAUCAAGGCAGUUGUGGCGUCGCGGCAAGUGAAAAUGACGACAAACAAGAAGAAUGAACGUCUUUUUUUGAGUUGGAAACCGUGACUAUUGAAUGUGCAUGUUGAGUUGUCUGCUGCUUGUGUUGAAAUAGUUAGGAUGGAUGUGUGCUGAUUAGGUUAAUGCCAAGCUGAAUUACAA